AUGGAGCAAGGCAAGAAACGACUAGACCACAUUGUUUACACGGCGGGCAAUAACUUGGGAUCGAUCCCGCUCGCCGUGACCGAGACCAAUACUAUCACAGAGCAUGGGAUUCUGCGAUUCUAUGCGCCCAUUAUCAUUGGCAAGCUAGUAUUGGAGUAUAUAAACCGCAGCCCACUGUCAUCAAUUACCUUCACCAGUGGAGUGAACAACGUCAAGCCUCUCCGGGGACGGCUGCUCAUGGCCGGCUGGGGUGCAGGCGUUGAAGGCGUCACGCGCUCCCUCGCCGUCGACUUGCGACCGAUCAGGGUUGAUUACGUCUGUCCCGCCCCAACUCGGAAAGAAUUAUUUGACAGGUUCCCGGACGAGGUGAUUCAGCCUCUUCUAGAAAAGUACAAGCGCUCGACCAUGACGAGCACGAUAGGCACUACGGAGGAUAUUGCCGAGGCGUAUCUCUAUGGCUUUCUACGGCCUCAAAAAACAAGUUGUCGUAGUGGCGGAGGUGCUACCGGCAUUGGAGCUGCACUAGUGACGGUACUGUACCGUUACGGGGCACACAUCAUAUUUGGGGAUAUCAAUCGGGACGCUGGCGAGGCGCUUGUCAGCAAGCUACAGUCUCAGGAACACCGCACAGAUUUCGACGCUACAAGUCGAGGGAGGAAAGGACUUAUAUUCCUUUUCUGCGAUGUGUGCACAUACAACGACCUUUAUAGGCUCUUCCGCUCUGCAUACGGCAAACAUGGCCACAUCGACCAUGCUGUUUUCUGCGCCAGUAUCGUCGAUGGUCCUACAUCGUCAUACUUGGACGUGAAUUUGACGAUUGACACCGUCGGGAGGGAGCUAGGUGGCAUACGUACGCUCGAAGUCAACUUCAUGGCCACUUGCGCGUUUGCGCGGAUGGCUUUACCGUUCUUACGAGAACGGGCAGGUGCAACCCGCGACAGCUCGUCCUCUAAUCCGAGUUUGACGUUCCUUUCCAGCGUGACAAGUUUCCGCGAUUCACCGGGCAUGAUCCUCUAUCAGACGUCGAAACAGGCAAUUCUAGGAUUAAUGCGAUCUAUGCGGACGGCUAUCUUCGCGCGGGACGGGAUCCGCGUCAACGCUGUGUGCCUGGGCAUGACGGAUUCCCCGAUGACAAGCUCCACCGGAUUGAUUGACUUAUUCAAGAAUAGAUCUUCGGAAUCAAAUGCGAAUUUGCUCUCACACUACCAGACCUCAACAGCUGUUGCGCAGCACAUCGCGUCUUUCAUGGUCCUCGCAGGUUUGAAUGGAAAGAGCAUCUACGUUGAAGAACGUAAAGGAUGGGAUUUUGAAGAGGGGCUGGCUAGGGAGAUGCCAAAUUGGUUGGGCGAUGGAGCCGACAAAUGGUCGAAUGAGAAUCUGAAAUUUCUCGCAAAUAGCUUUGGUGGGGCCUGA